AGCAAAAUAAAUUUCGUUUCUCUUGAACUUGACUAACUCCCAACAAAAUUCCCUCCAAGCUAAAACUCUCGUUUAGUCUGUUUUGCCCUAAAACCUCAUUCACCAUUUUCUUCCAUAAAAUCCCCGUUUCAACCUCCAUAGCCAUGGUGGACCUAUAAUCUUAUCGAUUUCUAUUUCUUCUUAAUUUUGGGAAUGUUUAUAUCUAGAAUGAAAUCCCUAAUUUCUCUUAAAACUAUCCCUAUUUUUUCUACUUCUACCUAUUUACCUCUUCCCUUUUUCCUCAUCCAAAAAAACCCUAAAUUACUAACUGCUUCAUUCGUGCCCACUUCCCUGCGUUGUUGCGCUUCUUCUCCUCCUCCACCUCACCAGACGCCGAUAAAUCCUCUUCCUUCGACAUUAUCGUCAUCUUAUUGUUCCGGUGAAAUUCACGUUAUUGUGGGUCCCAUGUUCGCCGGAAAAACCUCCUCGCUUCUUCGACGUAUUCAUUCUGAAGUCAAUAACGGCAGAUUUCAGGCUGAGGAAGUAAAGAGCUCUUCCCUACAAUUUGAUACUACGUUGAAGGAUCUAUGUUAUUCAGGAAAAUUGAGGGAAGCAGUUGGAUUAUUGUGCUGCACUGAAGUACCCGUUAGGUGGCGCACUUAUGCUCUCUUGUUGCAAGACUGUAUACAUAGAGGAGCGUACAAGUGGGGAAAUAUAAUCCAUGCUCAUAUGGUAGUGGUUGGUUUUACUAUCAAUGAUUACCUGAAGACCAAAUUGUUGAUUUUGUACUCUAAGACAGAGAAAUUGGAGUCUGCCUGCUAUCUAUUUGAUGAUUUGGUGGAUAAGAAUUUAAAUUCCUGGAACUCUAUAAUUGCAGGGUAUGUGCAGAAAGGGAUGGAUGAUGUAGGAUUGAGUUUUUAUUUUAAGCUGAGAAGUAUUGGUAGGACUCCAGAUCAGUUCACCUUUUCUUCUGUGUUUAGAGCGUGUGCCUCGUUGGCGUUGCUUGGGCAAGGAAAAAAAGCACAUGGAGUUAUGGUUAAGUGUGGAAUUGGGCAAAAUGUGAUUGUUAAUAGUGCUCUCAUGGACAUGUAUUUCAAAUGCAGUUGUCCAUGUGAUGGCCAUCAAGUGUUUAAUAAAGCUUCUAAUAAAAAUGUAAUCACUUGGACUGCCCUCAUAUCUGGAUAUGGGCACAAUGGCAAGAUUGGUGAGGUUUUGGUUUUCUUUGAAAAAAUGAUAAAAGAAGGUGUGAAACCCAAUUAUGUCACAUUUCUUGCUGUGCUUUCUGCUUGUAGCCAUGGGGGUCUUGUUGAUGAAGGCUGGAAGUACUUCUCAUCAAUGAUGGAUGACUUUGGGAUCCAGCCUCACAGGAAGCAUUAUGCAGCCAUGGUUGAUCUUUUAGGACGGUCCGGGAGAUUAGAAGAGGCUCACAAUUUUAUUAAUAGCUUUCCAUGUAAGGACAAUUCUGUAGUAUGGGGUGCUUUGCUUGGUGCCUGUCAACUUCAUGGGAAUGUUAAAAUUCUGAAAUUGGCUGCAAAGAAAUACUUUGAACUGGAGCCCAAUAAUGCUGGAAAAUAUGUUGUUCUAUCAAAUACUUUUGCCACUUAUGCGUUGUGGGAAAAUGUGGCAGAUGUUUGGGGUUUGAUGAGGGAUUGUGGAGUGAAAAAAGAUCCUGCAUAUAGUAGGAUUGAGAUUCAGAAUGAAGUUCAUUUCUUCUAUAAGGGUGACAAUACACACAAAGAUGCUGAGAACACUUUUGAAAUGCUGAAAGUUUUGAGCUGUGUACUACAGGAUGGUACUUUCAAGCCCGAUUUAAGUUUGGAGUACUGAUACAGCUAUCAGGAAUUUUAAGUUUUUUAAACUGUUGCAGAAUGUAAAAGAAGAAUUUAUUAAGGAAAGUGGCGCUGAUCAAAUCAAACAAAGACACAAGAUAUGAAAUUAACUUCAUCGUCACUCAUGAUGGAGAUAAAUUUCCUUGCUUGGCAUUGCAUGACUUGUCAUCGUUCAAACAGAAGAUUGGCUCAAGUGCUUA